AUCGAUCCCAUGAAUAUCAUCUCUCCUGACCGUUUGCACGUAUUCUACGGGUUCAGCAAAGACUUCGCGGCCGCUGGUCUCCGCUUAGGGUGUCUGAUUACCCAAAACACCCUCCUGUGGAAAUCAGUAAAAUCGAAUACCCGCUUCCACGGCGGGUCGGGUUUAUCCAUUGCCGUCGCGGUUGCGAUUCUUGAAGACGAGGAGUUCGUUGCCUCCUUUCUAGCGCUUAGUCGACAGAAGAUCGGGGACGCGUAUAGGUACGCUACAAGUUUCCUUCAGAAGAAUGGAAAUGAGUACUGGAGGGGGAGUACCGCCGGCUUCUUCAUCUAUCUCAAUCUCUCCCCCUGGCUACUCCCUAAGCUAGAAGAUCCAGAAUAUGUAUCGGAGUACGACUUCGCUCAGGAGCUGCUAGAUGCAGGGGUUGAGAUGCAUCCGAGGGAAGAGCAUUGGGAGGAGCCGGGACAUUUCAGACUGGUGUUUGGGCAUGAGCGGGAGAGAUUAGGGGAAGGAGUGAGACGAUGAGUCCAGGAUCCUGGAGGGAGAAAAACAAAGACUAAUAGUACGAGCAUAUUGGUUCGCGUUCUGGAGGCUCGGAAGGCUCGUAUGGUAGAGAGACAUCGAUAAUAGGGG